AUGGCACCCAAACGUGGUAGACCACCCAAAAAUAGACCAUUAAAUACAGUGGAUGACAGUGGUAGAGGCGGUAGAGAAACAGGAUUUAACACAUCUCAAAGUUCUGGACAUGAAGAUGAUGAUAAUAAUUCAAAGGGAGAAAAUAUAGAUAUUAAAUUAAUGUUACCAUCAGUAGAUUUAUUACCAAAAAUUAUAGGGAAUGGAUAUAUAUCAAAAUUAUCAUCAAUGAGUAUAAUACCUUAUAAAUCUGAUGAUGAUAAUGAUAAUGAUAACGACCAAGAAAAUACAAGUAAAAAUAAUAACAAGAAUACCAAUAAUAUAGAUACAGAUAUAGAUAUUAAUAAUAGUAAUAGUAAUAAUAAUAAUAUUAAUGAAAUAGCGAUUGAUCAAGAAGAUUUAAAGAAUGCAUGUAGGGAUGUAUUAUUAUUUAAGAAAUACGUUAGAGAUUCAAAGGUAUUAAUUAAUAAACAAAUUGAAAAAUUAGAAAAGUUUGAAGAUAAAAUUCAAAAUAUACCACCAUUAAAAGCAACUGUACAAAGAAAUAAAUAUAAACCAAAACCAAUUAGAAAACAAACAACAUCUUUUAAACAACAACAACAACCACAACAACCACAACCUUCAUCAUCAUAUUCGACGACAACAGCAGCAUCAAUAAUUUCAUCAUCAUUAUCACCUCAAAAUCAUGAUGUUGAUUUUCAAGAUGUUUCUUCAAUAAAUUCAACCAAUAAUACAUUAGAUGCUCCAAAAAGUUCUGAAUUUGAAAGUGGUUCUGAAACUUCCUACACUUUAACUUCUGCUUCAAAAAUACCACAAUCACAACAACAAUCAAAUUUUAUUGAAGAACAUAUUAAUAACAAUAAUAGUAAUAAUAGUAAUAAUAAUAAUAAUAAUAAUGUUACUAUAAUUGAUAAUAAUAAUAAUAAUAAUAAUAAUAAUAAUAAUAAUAAUAAUAAUAAUAAUAAUAAUAAUAAUAAUAAUAAUAAUAAUAAUAAUAAUAAUAAUAAUAAUAAUAAUAAUAAUAAUAAUAAUAAUAAUAAUAAUAAUAAUAAUAAUAAUAAUAAUAAUAAUAAUAAUAAUACUAAUACUACUAAUAAUAAUAAUAAUAAUAAUAAUGAAAUUAAUGAUAAUGAUAAUAAUGUUAAUAUUAAUAAUAAUAUAAAUGAAAGUAAUAAUUAUUUAACAAAUGAAACAAAUAUAAACGAUAAUAUUAAUAAUAAUAAUAAUCCUAAUAAUAAUACUAAUAAUAAAGUUGGGAAUAAAGGUGGUAAAAAGAGUAGAGCUAGAUUUGAUAAUAGUAAAUUAAGAGUAAAUGAAAGUGAUGAAGAUAUAGAUAUUGUAGAAGUUGAUGAACAACAUGUAAAUAGUAAAAAACCAAUAAAUAAAUCUUCAUCAAAGAGUAAUAAUAAUAAUAAUAAUAAUAAUAAUAAUAAUAAUAAUAAUAAUAAUAAUAAUAAUAAUAAUAAUAAUAAUAAUAAUAAUAAUAAUAAUAAUAAUAAUAAUAAUAAUAAUUCAUUUGAUAGUGAUUUAUUUCAAAGAGAAGAUCCUGAUGAUAUUGCAAGUCAAAGUGAAUCAGAAUCUAUUCAAUCAAGUAUAUCUUCAAUACCAAAUAAUCAUAGUGGCGGUGGUGGUAAUAAUAAUAAUAGCAAUAAUAAUUCAAAUUCAAAAUCAACGUCAAAGAAUAGGAAGGGUGCACCAAAAAAUAAUAAAAGAAAAGGUUCAUCUGCAAGUGAGGAUAGAAAAAGAAAGAAACAAGAAGAAGAAGCACGUACACAAUAUGUUGGACCUGCUGUAUUUUGGGCUUCAAUGGAUAACUAUUUCAAACCUAUUACAAAUGCUGAUUUAGAAUUUAUAAAACCAAAAUCAGAUGAACAAGAGAUGAAAUAUUUUGAAGUUCCACCAUUGGGUACUCAUUAUACAGAGCUUUGGCAUCAAGAGGAUCAAGAUAGACUAAAUGCUCUACUAAGCGGUAGUGGUAGUGGUAAAAAUCGUACAAAUGUAAGAUCAACCGCAGGUAAUAGGGCCAAUAGUAUUAGUGGAAGUGGUGUUAGUAGUAGUGGUGGUCAUAGUAAUAGAGACGAUCAUGAUAGUACUAGUGGUAGUGGUGGUCAUGAUCUAUUUGGUAAUCCACUACAAUCAUUAUUUGGUGAAUCUAAAGAUUCUGAGUCAUCUUCAAUUUCAACCGAUGAAAUAUUUUUAGGUGAUCUCUCAAUGAGAUUAUUAUCAACCUUAAUUGAUGAAAAUAUUGUUUUAACAGUACCAACUAAUAAUAAUUCAAUAGUUAAAAAUGAUUCAUCAUCAUCAACAACAACAACAGUAACUACAGCAACAACUUCUUCUAAUAAUAAUCCAUCAUCAUCAUCUUCAUCUUCUUCUUCUUCUUCUUCAAAUACAACAUCAACAUUACCUAAUGAAUUAAAAACAUUAGGUGGACCAGUAAUUAAAUUUAAUCAACCAUUAACUACAAUAUAUACACCAAAUAGUCAAUUAACUUUAGAGCAACGUGUUCAACAAGAAUUAAGAGGAUUAGGACUAUAUGAUGAUUGUAGAUUACCAACAUCAAUCAAUGAUUUAAUACCAACCAAAGAGAAAGAAAGAGAUAGAGAGGAUGAUGAAAUCUCUGAAGAAUUGAGAAUGUUACAAAAUCAAUUGAGAUUACAGUUACAUAGUAAUAAUAUUUUAAGAAUGAAGGCAGUCAAUGAGUAUAAAUCAGUUUUAGCUCAUCAAGAAAUAAUGAGAAAGAGAAAAAUAUCCCAUUCUAAUAGUGAAAGAAAUUAUCAACAAUUAAUCAAACGUGAUAAAAAGAAAAAGAAAUUAAAAAGUACUUCACUAUUACCUUUAAAAUAA